UCUGCGGCAGCAGUCAAGGCUCCAGUGUGUCAGAGAGAGGGUGAAGAGGAGGGAAAAAGCAGAGGAGAAGACUGUUUGGACGGAGCUGAGUGUGUGUUUAUGUUUGUGUGUCUCACCAUUGGACGGCCGGGUGAAGGGGCACGAGGAGAAGAGUAGGAGGAGGAGGAGGAGGAGAAGCAGAGGGAAGCCUGCCUGGAUGAAAUUCUCGAUGUCAUGUCACUACGAGUGGACCUUGACUGAUCACAGGGUGAGGGAAAGGGAGAGAGACACUGAGAGGAAGACGAGGAGGUGGAGAAACUGAGACUUUGGUUUCACUGGGAAAAAGAAGAGGAAGGAGGAGAAGGAGGUAAAGUCUGGAGCUCCGUUUUAUCAUGACAUUGUUGGAUAAAGGAACCGACGGAUUGAGCGCUCUUCAGUGGUGUGUCAACAGGAAUUUGCCUUAGAAGAGAGAAGGAGAGCAAGGAAAGAGAAGAAGGAGACAGACUCUGGAAGAGUAUAGACUGUUGUGUUCAACCCAGCUAAGGAGCAGGGACUGGACUUACAGAGUGUGUGUGUGUUGGCGGGGGGGGGCUUGUGUGUGUGUGUGUGUGUUUGUGUGGCUGUGUAACCGGUGGAGGGCAGAGGAGUGGAGGGCCAGGGGACUAACCUGGCCAUCAAACGGACUGGCAGCCUCUCCUCUCCUGGGAUCAUGUACCCUCAGGGCAGGCAUCCGGUUCCCUUACAACCCGGCCAGUCUUUCAAGUUCACAGUCCUGGAAACCCUGGACCGUAUCAAGGAGGAAUUCCAGUUCCUCCAGGCGCAGUACCACAGCCUGAAGCUGGAGUGUGAGAAGCUGGCCAGUGAGAAGACUGAGAUGCAGAGGCACUACAUCAUGUACUACGAAAUGUCCUACGGUCUCAACAUUGAGAUGCAUAAACAGGCGGAGAUUGUCAAGCGUCUCAGUGCCAUCUGCGCUCAGAUCAUCCCUUUCCUCUCUCAAGAGCACCAGCAACAGGUGGUCCAAGCAGUGGAGAGGGCCAAGCAGGUCACGAUGGCUGAACUCAAUGCCAUUAUCGGGCAGCAGCAGCUCCAGCACCUGUCUCACCAUGCCCCUGGCAUUCCUCUGACGCCACACCCAUCGGGCCUGUCCCUGGGGGCGGGAGGCUCGGGGCUUCUUGCGCUGACCGGGGCCCUGGGGGUCUCGGCCCACCUCGCCUCCAAAGAUGAGCGCAACCACCUUGAUCCCGAACAUCUCAGAGAGGGAGCACCCAGCAGGAGUAAGUCAGUGUCAUCAACAGACAGUCAGCCCGCCGAGGAGCGCCAAGGCCCAUCAGGAGGCUACUCCUCCUCGCAGGGAGGCGCUGAGGCAAAGCGGAGGCGCUGUGAUGACAAAGAGCCCCUUCCACCACACUCCUAUGACAGUGAUGGAGACAAGAGUGAAGACAAUCUCGUAGUGGACGUCUCCAAUGAGGAGCCUAACUCUCCUGCGGGCAGCCCUCCCCACUCCCCCCACGGGAACGGGUUAGACCGGGCUCCUACUCUACGGAAAGAGCUCCCGGGCUCCUCCAGCACAGGAGAGGCCCCCUCUACCCCAAACCCGCGCAGCCCCACCCCCGGGAAGUCCAAGGACCCUGCACAGAUGGAUAAGUCCCAGUCUCCGUUGUCCAAGUCUGGCACCCCAUCCCCGUCCCACCGUGAGGCCCUUACCCCUGGAGCACCAGGAGCCCCAGGAGCCCCUGGUCCCAGCACCUCCUGCCUUCGUCUGGUCAGCAAAGCAGCAUCCAGUGCAGACCCCCUUGCUCUCCGCAGUCCCAUGUCUGUGCCCCCCGGUUCAUACCCGGCUCAUUUUGGCGUGGUGUCCCACGCAGGACUGAAUGGGGAGCUGGCCAGCCCAGGAGGUUUCGGUGGGGCUUUAACUCUCUCCCCACAAAUCAGCGCAGCAGCCAAUGCCUACUCCCGAAGCCCCAUGGUGGCAUAUGACUCUCGGUCUCACCUGAGGGCCCCAGGGCUGUCUUCUUCUCUGCCUGGUUCCUCUGGCGGCAAGCCCGCCUACUCGUUCCACGUGAGCGCAGACGGCCAGAUGCAGCCUGUGCCCUUUCCCCCUGACGCCCUGCUGGGCCCAGGAAUCCCUCGCCAUGCCCGUCAGAUUCACACCCUGAACCACGGAGAGGUGGUGUGUGCUGUCACCAUCAGCACCUCGACGCGUCACGUCUACACUGGAGGCAAGGGCUGCGUCAAGGUGUGGGACAUCAGUCAGCCUGGAAGCAAGAGCCCCAUGGCCCAGCUGGACUGUCUGAACAGGGAUAACUACAUCCGCUCCUGUAAAAUCCUUCCUGACGGACGGACCUUGAUCGUCGGCGGGGAGGCCAGCACGCUGUCAAUCUGGGAUCUGGCCACGCCAACUCCUCGCAUCAAGGCAGAGCUGACGUCGUCUGCUCCCGCCUGCUACGCUCUGGCCAUCUCCCCUGACAACAAGGUCUGCUUCUCCUGCUGCAGCGAUGGCAACAUCGUCGUCUGGGACCUUCACAACCAGACGCUGGUCAGGCAGUUCCAGGGCCACACAGAUGGAGCGAGCUGCAUCGACAUCUCCAACGACGGCACCAAACUGUGGACGGGAGGGCUGGACAACACAGUCCGCUGCUGGGACCUCCGAGAGGGACGCCAGCUCCAGCAACACGACUUCACCUCUCAGAUCUUCUCUCUGGGCUACUGUCCGACAGGCGAGUGGCUGGCUGUGGGAAUGGAGAGCAGUAACGUGGAAGUUCUGCACGUCUCCAAACCUGACAAGUACCAGCUGCACCUCCAUGAGAGCUGCGUUCUCUCCCUAAAGUUCGCGUACUGCGGAAAGUGGUUUGUGAGCACAGGAAAAGACAAUCUGUUGAAUGCAUGGAGGACACCAUAUGGAGCCAGUAUUUUCCAGUCCAAGGAGUCCUCGUCUGUGCUGAGCUGUGACGUUUCCCCGGACGACAAGUACAUAGUGACGGGCUCCGGGGACAAGAAGGCCACGGUGUACGAGGUGGUGUACUGAGGGCCGGGACGAGAUGGGAAGAGACAGGACGGAGAUUUGGGGGCAUUUUUUUUUUCUUUUCUUUUUUUUUUUUUUUUUUUUGUUUGGAGGAUGGGGGGGUCAACCAGUUGCCCCGCAAACCGCUCCUGAUCCUCAUUACAUCAGCAAGAGAAGCACCUCCGUCUCAGUCCUCUGAGUCCUCCUGACCCUCACCCCUAAUACAUCACCCCCUCUCUCCCUUUUUCCUGUGAUAUAAGCUACAGUGGAAGCUCCCAGAUGUCUCCUCCCUCCCCCCUUCCACUUUUAGCCCAAGGAUGAGGCAUGAUAGCAGAGAGAGAGGCAGAAAGGGAAGCAGCAAGAUAAGAAGGACAAAGGAAAAGGGCGGUGGAGCAUAAAGAUAAAGUCGGGAGGGAAAGACAAGAAGGAGGAGAGAAGGCGAGAGUGCGGAAGGAAGAGAAAUGAAAGGGAGGAAGAGGAGAAGGAGGAGGAGGAGGAGGAGGAGGAGGGAGGACGAGGGAGGCAGGGUAAUUAGGGCUGUUUCCUGAUUAAGAGCUCAGUGGAAGGGAGGCCCCCAGAGGAGGCGCGGAGCGGCACUGUGGGAGCGCCAGCCAGGAGCACUGAUACCACACAAUCGAUUCAUUAGCCAGACAGUGGAAGCCUUAAUGAGGCUGACGCCGCAGCUCGCUCUCCCCAGCGAGAGGUGUCAGGAGCUGGGGAACGAUGACGCUCUGAGAUAGAGGGGGUCGCUUCAGAUACCCACAUACACUGACAUGAAACAUAGACCUGCUCACACACACACACACACACACAUACACACACACACAUGCAAGGCACACGUCAUCGGACAAGAAUACACACACUCUCGGAUACACCCCCUUGAGGUAAUGGUAGGAAAAGAGAUACACACACACAACACACAGAGCACCCAAUUAAACAUUCAUCGCAGCGCUCCCCGUCUCUCUGCUUAAUAUCUAUUUUAUUUUGGUCUGACAAAGGCAGCGUCUAAUGAGCAGUGGAGUCAAUGGGAUUCUCCCAGGGCCCAGAGACACAAACACAGAACAUCAGCCGAGCUGUUCCCUCUAAUUCCUCUGGAUUGUUCUCCUGACACCGAGCGCUGCACUCACUCUCAUUAAAGGCACUGUCAGCUAGAUGAAGUAGCAGCAUGCCAACUUCACUGUAAGGCAGACAAGAGGGCAAAUUAACACCACCCGAUUACGGUAUCAUCAGCAGCCAACUAAGCAGCGACUAAUCCGGAUCCUUUUAAAUUUUAUGCAACUGGUUGCUGUUUUCAUUUACAAACCAGAAGAGAAUUACUGUUUAUCAGAGUCAUUAUCUCCAUCUCUGCCUGCCUGCUGAUGUGCUAGUGUUCAAAGUACUCUGGCUAAAUAUUGUUCGGUAAGCUAUUGAUUGCUAUUAAUUGAGAUGCUAAACACCUUGAAGGAAAAGUCUAAUAUUUUGGAAGAUAAACUUAUUCACUUUCCUGAAGAGAGUCAAAUGAGAAGAUUGAUAACAUUUUCAUGUCUGUAGGCCAAAGCAGCCUGCUAACCUAGCUUAGCAUAAAGACUGAGAACAGUGGGGAACAGCUGGCCUCUUUUCAGGAGUGACAAAAUUUACCAGCACCUCUGAAGCUCACCAAUUAACACACUGCGUGUCAUUUGCUUAAUCUGUAUAAAAACCGAGGUGUUACAGUGACAAUUACGAGAGGUUAUAUGCUGAACUGUUUCUUUGUCCGAAAAAGGAACUUCCUGGAGCGUGCGCUGGUUUUCUCGUAACGAAAUAGUCACACACAUAACCUCCCUGGAAAACAGGAUGUUUUUCCACUUCAGUUAUGGUAUGGAUUGAAGAAAUAAGAUAUAACCAAGCUUCCAGGAUCAACGCCUAGGUUUGAAGCCAAUCUAACAUAGUUGCCAAACAUUGUGUUACAACUUGUCAUGUAAUGGCACUGGGCCCAAAACUACUUUUUCCCAUUGACUUACAUUGAAUCAAUUCAAUCAAUUUUAUUUAUAAAGCCCAAUAUCACAAAUCACAA